AUGUUGAAAGAAAUUAUAUAUCGGCUUCCGAAGUUACUCCCCGAGUCCGAUGAAAAUGGGUGGACGCCACUGCAGUGGGCAGCAUCGGUUGGAGAGUUUGAGGCAAUGGAGCUCCUGCUGAGGAAAUUCCCUUAUCUCGCCCUCCAAAAGGACAAUGACGGCUCCUACCCGAUUCAUGUCGCUAGCAAACCCGAAGCCGGGAUCACUUAUACGGUCCAGUGGGUAUUAAAAUAUUAUGGAGGGCCCGAUCGGUUGGAGAAGCUGGUGAAUUCGAAAGAUGACGAUGGGAAGACACCCCUCCAUUUGGCAUCGAUGCGCAACCAUUGCAAAGUUAUGCGCUUGUUGACGAAGGACAAAAGAAUCGACUUGCAGCUUGAGAACAAAGGUGGGUUGACCGCCCUAGAUGUGGCCAUGGAAUCCAGAAGCUUGUCGACGAGAAAUUCAGCGUUACUAGGACGUGCGAUUUUGAUUGUCGCUGGUGUGCCACGAAGCGAAGGUCAAGACGUUGUGUCGCCAAGAGAACAGGGUUCUGGAGCAAGCAAAUCAUCUCUCGCCAAAUGGAUCAAGGAGCAGGUCAAUACAUUGUUGCUAGUGGCCACGCUUGUGGCCUCCAUCACGUUCACUGCGGGCUUAACUUUGCCCGGUGGAUAUAAUGCUUCCAGUGAUCUACACCCCAGAACGGCGACCAUGCUGCACUACAGAAUGUUUCGGGUUUUCAUAAUUGCCAAUAUGUUAGCCAUGUACAGCUCCAUUCUUGCAGUUGUAGUCCUCCUCUGUCUCAAUAGAGAUUUCUACAUUGCAGAACUAGCUUACCACUUAGCUGGACCAUUAUUGUUGAUGGCUCUCACCGGCAUGUCAGUGGCUUUUUUUGCGGCUGUAACCGUAGCAGUGAGCAAACUCAUUUGGCUUGAGAGCCUUGUUCUAUCCGUCGGAGUCCUUUACCUCAUGAUAGUCGUGGUGGUUUUAGUGGCCUUGAUAUUCCCAUUCUCCAAGACUACUAUGUCUAUUGUGGUCUUUUACUAUAGAGCAGUAUCUAUCGUCGAAUUCUGGAAGGAAAGUUCCCCAUUGUAUUUGGCAGUCGAAGAUGAGCACACGGAGAUCCUCGCACUUCCGCUCGCCAUUCCAUUUGGUCCAUCAAGAAUUCAGGGCAUGUCCCCUGUUCGUGCCGUGGUAACUCACUGGAAUCUGGUUAACUUCAGUUUCAAGUUCCCAAAUGAGAAGUCGUCGUGGCAAGCACUGAUCCAAGGAUAA